AGCAACAGUCUCAGCUUCCCAGAAACUCAGUCCCCUACAGAAGCUAAGCAGCAUGGACCCGGUCAUGCUGGAGCGCCUCAUGAGUUUGGACCGUCUGUUAGGCUCCCACGGGAAUCAGGGAACCCCUCUGCUGAACACCCCCAAGCGUGAAUGGAUGGUACUCAUGAAGACAAUGGAGGAGAAAGAUUUGGAGAUUCAGAGGCUUAAGAUGAAGCAAAAAGAACUGGAAGCCAAGGUGCUGGCCCAGGAGGCUGCGGACCCAAAGGGAAAAGAGAAUUGCUCCCCCACAAAGCUCCAGCCCCUUGCCCGCCGCACAGUCACAGUGGCUAAACCUCUCAAAAAGGCUGUAGUGAUGCCCCUACAACUGAUUCAGGAGCAGGCACCAUCCCCAAAUGCGGAGAUCCACAUCCUGAAGAAGAGAGGCCGAAAGAGAAAGCUGGAAUCCCUGGAUGCCUCAGAGUCAGAAGAGAAGACUGAGGAUUGCUGGGAGUUGCAGAUUAGCCCGGAACUACUGGCCCACGGGCGUAAAAAGAUAUUAGAUCUGCUGAACGAAGGCACAGCCCGGGAUCUGCGCAGCCUGCAGCACAUUGGCCAGAAGAAGGCCCAGCUCAUCGUGGGCUGGAGGGAGCUUCACGGCCCUUUCAGCCAGGUGGAGGAUCUGGAACGCGUGGAAGGCAUAUCCGGGAAACAGAUGGAGUCGUUCCUGAAGGCGAACAUCCUGGGUCUAGCUGCCGGCCAGCGCUGCGGCCCAUCCUGACUGACGGCACCGUCUUACUCUGCCUUAAGAAAAAUAUUUUUUCUUUUAAAUCUUUGUAUAACCGCGUGUUGUAAAUAUAGACUUAU